AUGGCUAAAAAUUUGGUUUCGAAAAUUUUCUUAAGGGAUGAGACGCUGGGUAGACUUCUGAACCUGUCAUCGGCGACGAUUCAACGGAAUGCUGACCUCGAGAAUCGCUUAGCUGAACUCGAGGUCGAACUUGCGGUCUGGAAGCAAGCCCAUGCGACUGCUAUCGAAGGUGCAGACAGGGAGGCUAAGGCUCUCAAAGGGCGGUUGGCUUCUCUUAAUUCUCAGGUGGCGUCAAUGGAAACUUUCAUGAGCCAGAGUCUACUCGUCCUCUGCGUCAUUGAUGGGGAUGCUUGUAUAUUUAAUGACUUGCUCCUUAGGCAAGGUCACGAAGGUGGCCGCCAGGCCGCACAACAAUUGACGAGGGCAGUCGCAGAUUAUUUAACCAACGAGGAUGUUCAUGUUCUCGGUCGACUGUCAUUUUGGGUAACAAUUUACUUUAACAAGGCCAUACUGGCGAGUGUUCUUGAGCGACAUAAAUUAUGUAGCCCGGAGCAACUUGAUGCCUUCAUUAUGGGCUUUAGCCAGUCUUCGCCUAGGUUUGUCUUGGUUGAUGUCGGAUACGGCAAAGACGCCACCUUCACGAAAAUUACAGAAUAUCUACAAACAUACCUUCGCUUCCCUCAAACUCAGAGAAUUUUUUUUGCCGGUGGUCAGGAAAACACUUACGCUCCAACUAUUGCUGCGCUGCAAAAUGACGGACUUUUGGGAAAAGUCGCCUUCUUGGAGGCCUGCCGCGCGAGCCCUAACUACGCGCAGAAGCACCGUUUGCCAAUUCUGAAUGUGGACACAUUGUUUAUCAACCAGAGGCUUUCGCCACCAUUGAGGACUCCUCCACCAUUGAAUAUGAAUGGUCUCAGUCCCACACUGACAUCUGGUGGAUUACCAACACCGCACUCGCCGCCUAGUAUGAGUGCUUCUGCGAUAGGAAGGCUAGUGGACCCAACCUUGUGCCUAGACACUCGACAUUUUACCGCUUACACAGAUUCUCCCCCACCUUGUAAUGAAUUCUAUCUUAUGUCCUGCACUAAAGGCGGGGCAUGUAAAUAUUCGCAUGACUAUAUCCUGACGCCAGAUCAGUUGGCUACUCUUGCUGCUAACGCCAAAAAAGCUCCUUGUAAUUUUCUGAAAAAUGGUCUCCAGUGCCCAUACGGCGAACGGUGCUGCUGGGGUCACGUAUGUCCCAACGGUCCGAAGUGUUUCCACCUGAGUAAGGGCAAAUGCUGGUUCAAAGGCGUUCAUGUGUGGUUUUUUACAUGUUAUUGUAUGGAUCGGAUAUGGGUUAUUAUCUAUGCAUUCGGAACACCUGCUGGCUCCAACAGUCUAGAACAUUUGCAUUUGUCCGAGUAUGGCAUGACCCCAAAAACCCAUGCCAAGACCUCCGAUACUCAUCACAAGUCUGCGUUCAGCUGCCACCAGAUGUUUAAUGGAGACGUUGAAACGUUGAUCCUUGGUCUGGUUCAAACAGCUCUUCAAUGA